CGGGGCCGCUGCCCCGCUCCGGCUGCGCUCCCGGGAUGAGCGGGCGCGCAGCCCUUCCCGGAUAAAAGCUCUUGUUCCGCUUGUUGAUUUCUCCUUAACUUGCCCUGUGUCUCCUGGGCCGCUUCAUGGAGUGCUCCGAGCUGUAGAAGGGCGCUGUCACCACUGGCAUUUAAAGGGGACAAGCGUUCUAACUUACUGCAGACGCCACUGGCUGCGUCUCUGUUUUUACCGGCAGAAGGAGGCGGAAUAGAAAAUAAAUAUUAAGCCACGUGAAUGCUGUGUAAUGUAGGGUUCUAAAUUACCAAUAAUGUUAUCUAAUAUAAUUUUGAUGUGUCCAUAUUGAAUUUUGCCAUGGUUUGACAAACUUCCAAAAUGCACGAUUUUAUACUAUGAAUUCAUAUAUAUGUAGCUAUAUCCUUGCGACUUGUGGUAGCAUAGUUUUUUAAAGUCAGGGGGAAUAUUUUAGCUAAGAGUAAGUUCUGCAAUUUAAGGUUCUGCCUACCUUCUCCUGUAAUUUAACAUUGGCCCAUUUGGACUAGGUGUGGUACUUCCACAAUUUGAUGUUGUACUUAUGGUACAGUUGCCAGACUUGUCAUACAAAACAGCUCCUUCCUGGCAGGCAUAUAUUAAAUAUCUGACUAUACUAUGCAUAGAGGAUGUUUAUAAGCUCCAGAUUUCUGUCCAACUCACUUGCUUCUUUUUUUUAAUUAUUAAGCAGUAGGAAUAUGAAGCAGCAGUUAUUUUCAAGAUAAAGCUCAUUAGUUUAUAAAAUCUCUGCCCAGAAGUCUGAACUUGGAAAUAAAACAUCAAUCAUAACAAGAAGUAGGUGUGAAAUGACAGCACAAGUCUCUCAGAAUUGCAUAAGGAAGAUAGUGAUUAACUUCAAUUUUAACUCUCUUAAAAUACUUCAUUCUAAUGCAGAAUUUUAAAAUUAAUUUUAAUAUUCUAUCUGCCUACAUUUGCAGUCAUACAGUGUUUCAGUUUAGAAGUUCUGGACCUCCUUUGCAUUACUAUGUUGUGUUGCAGUGGGAAAUUCAUAGCCAGUGCAAAGCUCAAAUCCCAUUCCUCAUAUAGUGUCUUGUACACCUCUCCUUUCACAUUCAGUUCUGGUGUUUACAAACAUUCACACUAUGUAAGUAGAGAUCUGUCUUAUUGCUUCAUUCACUGCUAUUUGUUUGCAAACUUUGUGAAUAAAUUCUCACUUUACAGUGCUGGCAAAGUAAUGAGGUCCUGAUUUCAGUGCAGUCUCUUGGCACUUUUAAUUUUUUUUAAUUGACUUAAAAGUUAAUCACCCUCCUUUUUACUUUUGGCAUUAUAAAAAAAAUUACAUAAGAGAAUAAACACAGUCAGAGACAUACCUGAAGUGAGAAUUUUCUUCACCUCCCCUCCUUAACUGGUUAAAAGUAUUGUGCGUUGCUGCUGUUCCACUAACUUGUGCAGAGUUAAUUUGCCUAGUAGAUCAAUAUAGCAGGUACUGGCCCAAGUCAGACUGCAGGCAUAAACCCUGCAAGCUCCUUCAGAAAUAUGAAGGUACUGGUGUAGAAAGCCAGUAGUUCCUGUAUAUAUAUGUUUAUGAAUAUAAUUUAUUUAUAUUUCUAUUUAUUAUAAUAUUUAAGUAAAUAAGGUAGUUUUCUGCCAUUUCUCUGGCAAUGAUUGGAGCAGCUUAGAAACUCUAGAGCAAAAUAAGAGUGCACUUGAGUAAAGAGCAGUCAAUAGAGCUUUAUUGUCUGACAUAGAUGGUGGGAUCUAAUGUAAUAUAAAUUGUGUACUAGAACAAAAAGGGUCAGAUUUUAAAAUAAUGAGUUUCAUUGCUGCUACCAACUGUUCUGUAUAUAGGGACCUGUUUAAGUUUUUAUAAGGACUUUUUUUUUUUUUUCUUUAUUUCCCUUCCUUGUAACCUUUAGGAUUUCUGGUUUUUAAAAGACCCUUGCUUUCUUACUUGAACUUCAAACAGCUAAUAAGCUCUCUGUUACCUCAGGUUGUGAUUUGAAUAUUGUAAGCUAGAUAGAACACAUAUCAGCAGAUCGAAUGUUUCCAUUGGUCUUCUCUGGAUCCACAGUUCUGAUAAAUGUUUGUCAAUACUUGGAGUCCUAACAAUCCAAAUAAAAAUGUUCAAUGGGAAUAUCAAAUUCAUCAGAAACAGUUAAUACAGAAAGGAAUUUUCUUAAGUAAUUAACAAGUUUUCAUCAGAUAUUAAAUUUUAUAAGAACAGUUAGGAUGCUCUUAUAAAGUGGGACUUCUAAAAUAAAAUGUUUUCUAAGGAAUAAGCAGUUUAUCAGUUGAUAGUCACCUCUGCAAUGUUUUUGAAAUUUGUACCUAAUUGACUGUCACCAAUAAACUCUAUUUUGCUUGGAAUAUGGAAAAUUAGGGAAUUAUAUAUCCUCAUCUUGAACUGAUAGUUCCUAAAACUAUUUAUUGUACUUACAUUUAGUUAGGACUCGGUUACAUGGACCACCCUGAAUGUCCAUAGUCAGUGAUUUGUAGUCUCAUGCAGGGCAAGGCAGCUUGCUAUCCAAGGAAAAUAAGUGUAUGGAAAUUGGCUCAUAGUCAAGCUCAAUCUGCAGCCAUUAAGGUUGUAAUUGGUUUCAAAUGUUUGUCUCUGCAAAUCUGAGCUGAAAUAGAAACAAAAGUACUGCAGAUAUGGGCUGUGCUCACACUGCAACCAAAUAUGUGAAAGACAAAAGUGGCAUUCCAGUCCCCAGGGAGCUACAUCACCUUUUGCACACUCUACAAAGCCAUCAGGAAGGCUAUCUAAAUUCAAGUUUAUGCUGUUCCUGUGGGUGACUCUACACUACCAGGCUUCUAAUUCCAUGUCUCUAGUCUUACUGAUUGCAGGGUUAGGGAUCAUGCACUUUAUAUGAACUUUGCUGUUAAACUCUUUGGAGGUAGCCAUUUACAUUCCUGUUGUUGGCUGUCCCAUCUUGACCUCUUUGCUUUGCAUAACUCUUCUUUGAAAAAGUGAUCCAGUUAUGUAUAGAGUCUUUGUGAUAUAUUAUUUUCUGCCUUGACUCUAUUCUUAAAGCACAGAGACCUGCUUCCACCUUUUUAUUUACUUACAGGCUCAAGGAAACUCACAUGCCUUAUUAUAAUUCCUGUCUGUAAAAUCUGCUUCAUCUUGACUUUUGACAUUUCACAGUUCACUACUUGUCUUUCAAUACAGAGGGAUUUUCUUUCAUCAGUCAUUUCUUUCUACAAAUUUUGCUUACUGCUUCCUCACUGCAGCCUAUUCAGUCACAUCAGCCUGUAAAAAUUCAUAGGAGAGCAGAUUUCUCCAAUACAGAAGAUCAAAGAGGAGCUUUUUUAGCUUUUGUCAUUGUUUACAGAUAUUUGAAAGUCAAAGAAUUUGCAUUUGAUGGAAUAGGUGGUUAUUAAGAACAAAUACAUUUGGUUUAGUUGUCUUUCACUCCUUAUGAUCUCAAAACUUCUACUUCAUUACAUUUUGAAAGCACACGCUACUGAGGGUUGAUGGGAAGAAUAUGAAAUGUAUGGUAAUUGUUUAUGUAUCUCAUUCCCAUUUAAAACAUUGAAGGCCUUUAAAAACCUAUACUUCAUCCUUACAAUUUGCAAUUAAAUAGCAAGUUCUUAUGCAAACGCACAUUUUUCAUUAAAAUACACCUUCAAUAGUGCAGGCAUUUUCCCUGGCCAAUGAUAACAUACUUUAUCCUCAAGCAGUGUUGAAGCAGAUUGAGAGUGAUGUGUUCCUGCAAGCAAUACAAUCAGAAUCAUUAGCAUAUGUUUUACUUCCAUCUUUUAACUUUCCAUGCCAUUUGUCUCGUCUUAAUUAAUUUUCCCUUACUGAUUUAGCUAGGUAACAGAACAGCUGUCUUGCAAAAUCCAAGAAAAUUCAAAGACAAUGUAGAAGUUCUAAGCAAAAUAUCUAUUCUAAAAUAGCUGCAUUUUUGUUUUACAGAUGGGCUGGUCACUUCUUUGUAAAUUAAUAGAAAUUUGUCCAAGUACUCUACAAAACAUAGCUCCUAAGGAUGUUGGGAAGGACUGGGAAGUACUGGGAGUUCACCAACAUAAUUGCUUUCCUGCUCUUGGAAGAAGAGGUGGAUGUCUUUUCCUUGGUAUUUAAUGCCAUGCACACCUUCCCUAAAAAUGAAGAGAUCCAGCAGCAUGGAUGUAAAGCGUUACACAAACUUUUUGAGAAAGUUCCAGAAGAGCAGCUGACUGAAUUUGUUGAAAGCAAAGAUCAUAUGAUCAUACUGAAAGUAUUUAAAGAGUUUCCAGAGAAAGAAGAGGUGAUUCUUCCUGCACUUUAUUCAUUACAUUCCUUAGCUGGUCCACCCAGCAAUGUUGAAGUGCUCAUGUCGGGAAAUGUUCGCUGCUACAAUGUUAUAGUGGAAAUGAUGAAGAGUUUCCCCAGUAGUGAAACAGUUCAGGAAGUGAGUUGCUGUUUGUUGCACAAGCUUACAUUGGGAAAUUUUUUCAAUAUCCUUGUAUUACAUAAGGUUCCAGAAGUCAUUGUGAAGGCUGUUACAACAUAUCCUGAAAAUGCAACGUUACAAGCUGCAGCUCUCAGUUGCUUGGCUCUUCUAACUGAAACAAUAUUCUUAAACCGAGACUUAGAGGAAAGAAAAGAAGAGGAGGAGGAAGAAAAGUUAUGCUGGUUGGAAGCGUGUUACAGAGCAUUAGAGCUGCACCGAAAAAAUACAGAUGUGCUGGAGGCUGCGUGCUGGGCUUUGAAAAAUCUGUUUCUGUAUCAACGCAACCUUCAUGAGAAGAUUGGAGAUGGUGAUAAUCAGUUCCCAAUUGAUAGAGAAGUGAUGCUCUCCAUGCUGAUGCACUCCUCUUCAAAAGUGUUUCAGGCAGCUGCUAGUACCUUGGCAAUUUUGUCACAACAAAAUGUAAAUAUUAGGAAGACACUACUGGCUAAAGGCAUACAUAUGAAUGUUUUGGAUAUAAUGAGGAAACAUCCACAUUCUCCUGAAGUGGUUGAAAGUGCCUGCAGGAUUCUGAAUCAUGUUUUUGAAGGAAGUUUCCCUCAUCUGGAUGUAAUGACAGUAGCAGUAUCAGAAGUUGUAAAAGCCAUGAGGAAACAUGAAAAAUCACUCUCUGUACAACUGGAAGCACUUCGAGUCCUUUUACACUUCAUGAUACCCAAUACAAAGAAUGAACACCAGAAUGGUUCUUCCAGAGAUGUGGGAGAUGCUGCUUUUGCACUUACAGGAAAAGUCAUUAAAAGCCAGUGUCUGUUGGAGGGAACUCACUCAUUGGUGCUUAAUGCUUUAAACAGGUUUAUUGGAAAUCCUAGCAUUCAGAAGUGUGGAUUAAAACUACUUGGUUCUGUAGCUGAAUGCACUGGUGCACUGGAAAUUUUAACCCAACAAGGAGCUACUGACACUGUGCUUCACACCCUACAGAUGUAUCCAGAUGAACAAGACAUACAGUGUUUGGGUUUGAGUCUUCUACGCUCUUUGAUUACACGGAAGAGUUUGUGUAUUGCAACCAUGCAUGUCCUGUCAGCAGUUCUGGUUUCUACUCUGCGACGAUUUAAAGAAGUCACUGAAAUCCAAAUGCAUGGAUUUCACGCAAUCUUGGCAAUUCUUGGUUUGUCACCUUGUUUUGCAAAGCUGCUGGUAAAUGAGUCAUUUGACACAGUCAUUUUCUACCAGAUGUCUAUGUGUUUCACUGACCAGCGAGAUCAACAGUUUCAAAGCCUCUGUUGUAGAUGUUUUGCUAAAAUAGCUGAAAAUGAUGAGUUAAAAAAUACAAUGCUGGAAAAAGCAUGUAUGGAGUACAAUAGUAUUAUGGCUGAAUGUUUACUUCUACUGGGAGCUGAUAUUAAUAAGAAGACAAAGACAAACUCUUUGAUCUAUCAGGUUUGUGAGAAAGGAAGUAAUCCUAAAUUGGUGGAAUUGUUACUAGCCAGUGGUGCUCGAGAGCAGGAUGUUCGGAGUGCUUUGACCAUCAGUAUAAAGAGAGGAGAUAGCCACAUCAUCAGCUUGCUCUUAAAGAAGCUUAGCCUUGAUGUCACCAACAGCAGUAUUUGUCUUGGAGGAUUUGGUUUUGGCAGAUUAGAGCCUUCCUGGCUCAUUCCUUUGUUCCCAGAUAAACUUACUCAAACAAGAAAACAGAAUGCAGGUUCUGCACUGGCAAGGAUGGUGCUCAAAUUCCAGAUGAAGAACCUUUCAGAGGAUAGAUCAAGAGCCUCCUCUGACACAAACUUGUCCGAAGAUGGAGUGGACAGAAACUAUGACUGGAAUUUCAUACCUGACCCAUUAGUGGACAGUAUUUUUCCUUUGAGUGAUGAUAUUGAUAGUGAAGGGAGUGAAGGUCCACUUUUUACAAAAAAGAAGUCCAAUUCCAUUGCAGUUGCUGAUUUAUAUUGUAGGGAAAUGGCGUGUCAGAGAGGUUCUCCUACUUUGCUGCGACAUUCCUACUCUGUGGGACCUGGCUCAGAUUAUGAACCAUUAAUGAAGCAAAGACGGAAAUUCUUGCUCUCAGAUGAAUCCCCUAAAGGAGUCUCAAAAUUGUCAUCAAAUAUAAGACCAUCAGACAGUCUUUCUUCAUUGAUCUCAGAGAAAGAAUAUAUUAAAUCACUAGAUCUUUCAUCAAAUGAGCUGGAGAAUAUUGAUGCCAUCAGCCAGAACAGCUGCUUAACGAGUCAUCUGGAACACCUUGAGAAACUGGAGCUCCACCAAAAUGCUCUUACAAACAUUCCAGAACAGCUGUGUGAAAACUUGAAAUGCUUGACUUACCUGGAUUUGCACAGUAACCGAUUUACUUCUUUCCCAACUUACUUACUGAAAAUGAAUUGUAUUGCAAAUCUCGACAUCUCGCGAAAUGACAUUGGACCUUCCUUGGCUUUGGAUCCGUGCCUCAGAUGUCCAACUCUGAAGCAACUUAACCUUUCAUACAAUCAGCUGGUGUGCACUCCUGAAUUUCUUACAAGUGUUGCUGAAAAUCUGGAACAGCUCUUGCUGGAAGGAAACAAAAUUUCAUGCUUAUGUUCACCCCUAUGCUUGAAAGACCUGAAAAUUUUAAACAUUAGUAAGAACAGUAUUUCAUCCCUUUCUGAGGAUGUCUUCAUGGGCUGUACAAAACUGGAGCAGUUCAAUGCCAGGAUGAAUAUUCUUGGAUUAACCCCUUUUUCUGCUCUAGAAAAGAUACCUGUCUUGUCAUCCAGCAUAACAAGUUUAAAAUUAUCCCAGAAUUGUUUUACUAAUGUUCCAGAAGCAAUUCUUCUUCUACCACAUUUGCGAUCAGUAGAUUUAAGCCAAAACAAGAUCACAAGCCUGCCUGGACCGAUGCACUGGAAAUCACUAAAUUUAAGGGAGCUGUUAUUUAAUCAUAAUCAAAUAGAUGUCUUGGACUUGAGUGAAAAAGCAUGUGCAUGGUCUAGGCUAGAAAAGCUACACCUCUCCCACAACAAGUUAAAGGAGAUUCCUCCUCAGAUUGGCUUCCUAGAAAACUUGACUUCUCUGGAUGUAAGUCAUAAUCCUGAUCUGAGAUUUUUUCCUGAUGAAAUGGGAAGACUGUCCAAAGUCUGGGAUCUUCCUUUGGAAGGACUCCAUCUUAAUUUAGACUUCAAGCAUGUGGGAUGCAAAGCCAGAGACGUUAUCAGAUUUCUUCAACAGCGACUGAAGAAGGCUGUGCCUUAUAACAGAAUGAAGCUGAUGAUUGUUGGAAACACUGGGAGUGGGAAAACUACCCUGCUGCAACAACUCAUGAGAAGCAAACGAACAGAACUGGGCUCUCCAAAAGCUACAGUAGGCAUUGAUGUAAAAGACUGGAUCAUUCAAGGGAAAGGCAAAAUUAAGAAGGAACUUAUAUUAAAUGUGUGGGACUUUGGAGGACAAGAAGAGUUCUACAGCACCCAUCCUCAUUUCAUGACCCAGAGGGCUUUGUAUCUUGCUGUUUAUGAUCUCAGCAAAGGACAAGCAGAGGUGGAUGCUAUGAAGCCAUGGCUUUUUAACAUCAAGGCUCGAGCAUCAACAUCCCCUGUCAUUCUUGUUGGCACUCAUUUGGAUAUUUCUGAUGAAAUGCAACGUAAGGCCUGCAUGAGUAAAAUUACAAGAGAGCUGUUGAACAAGCGAGGCUUCCCAGCAAUCCAGGAUUACCACUUUGUCAAUGCUACAGAAGAAUCUGAUUCCAUUAUCAGGCUUCGGAAAAUCAUCAUAAAGGAGAGUCUUCACUUCAAGAUCAGAGAUCAGCCAGUGGUUGGUCAGCUAAUUCCUGACAGCUACCUGGAGCUGGAAAAGAGAAUUUUGCUGGAACGUAAAAAUGUCCCAGUGGAAUUUCCUGUAAUUGAUCAGAAACGUUUGCUGGAACUGGUACAAGAAGGCCAGUUACAACUGGAUGAAAAUGAACUCCCUCAUGCAAUUCACUUUCUGAAUGAAUCAGGUGUUCUCCUUCAUUUCCAAGAUCCAGCACUACAGCUAAGAGAUCUGUAUUUCGUAGAUCCGAAGUGGCUGUGUAAAAUCAUGGCACAGAUUCUGAUGGUGAAAGUAGAAGGCUCUUCUAAAUACCCUAAGGGAAUUGUAAAGCGUUCAGAUGUGGAAAAAUUCCUUUUGAAGAAGAGCAAGUUCCCUAAAAUCUAUAUGUCGCAAUACUUUAAGCUUCUGGAAAAGUUUCAGAUUGCUUUGCCAUUAGGAGAGGACCAACUACUAAUCCCAAGCAGCUUGUCUGAUCACAGGCCUGUUAUAGAACUUCCCCACUGUGAAAAUUCAGAAAUUAUCAUCAGGCUUUAUGAGAUGCCAUAUUUCCCUAUGGGAUUUUGGUCCAGGCUCAUCAACAGAUUGCUCGAGAUAUCACCUUACAUGCUAUCAGGAAGAGAGCGAGCUCUUCGUCCUAACAGAAUGUACUGGAGACAAGGCAUCUAUUUGAAUUGGUCCCCUGAAGCUUAUUGUUUAGUGGAAUCAGCAGUAUUUGACAACAACCCAGACAGUUUUUUGAAAAUUACAGCACCUUCUUGCAGAAAAGGGUGCAUUCUUUUGGGGCAAGUUGUGGAUCACAUAGAUUCUCUUAUGGAAGAAUGGUUUCCAGGUUUGUUGGAAAUAGAUGUUUGUGGUGAAGGGGAAACACUGUUGAAGAAAUGGGCUCUGUACAGCUUUCAAGAUGGUGAAGAACACCAAAAAAUACUACUUGAUGACUUGCUUAGAAAGGCUGAAGAAGGUGACCUUUUGGUAAAUCCAGAUCAACCAAGACAGACCAUUCCAAUUGCUCAGAUUGCUCCUGAUCUGAUACUGGCUGAUUUGCCUAGAAAUAUUAUGUUGAACAAUGAUGACCUGGAAUUUGAUGAAGCUCCUGAAUUUCUCUUGGGUGAUGGUGGGUUUGGAUCUGUGUACCGUGCAUCCUAUGGUGGUGAAGAGGUUGCUGUGAAGAUUUUCAAUAAACAUACUUCCCUCAGGCUCCUAAGACAAGAGCUUGCAGUGCUUUGUCACCUCCACCAUCCCAGUUUGGUGUCUUUGCUGGCUGCUGCAGUCCGUCCCCGGAUGCUGGUGAUGGAAUUGGCCCUCAAAGGAUCUCUUGAUCGUUUGCUUCAACAGGACAAUGCAAGUUUAACUAGAACACUUCAGCACAGGAUAGCUCUCCAUGUAGCAGAUGGCUUAAGGUACCUGCAUUCAGCAAUGAUCAUCUACCGCGAUUUAAAGCCUCACAACGUGUUGCUCUUUACCUUAUAUCCCAAUUCAGCUGUUAUUGCAAAAAUAGCUGACUAUGGCAUUGCCCAGUAUUGUUGCCGAAUGGGAAUAAAAACCUCAGAAGGCACACCAGGAUUUCGAGCGCCAGAGGUUGCCAAAGGAAAUGUUAUUUACAAUCAGCAAGCUGAUGUUUAUUCAUUUGGCCUGCUGCUUUAUGACAUUUUAACAGGAGGAGGUAGAAUAAUGGAAGGCUUGAAGUUUCCAAAUGAAUUUGAUGAAUUAGCAAUACAAGGAAAAUUACCAGAUCCUGUCAAAGAAUAUGGGUGUUCCCCUUGGCCUGAAGUUGAAAAUUUAAUUAAAAAGUGUUUGAAGGAAAACCCUCAGGAAAGACCAACAUCUUGCCAGGUUUAUGAGAUCCUGAAUUCUGCAGAGCUUAUCUGUUUGAUGAGGUAUGUGUCCAUACCUAGCACAUCUACAGCAGAAUGCAUGGUGGCUGCCAAUCAAAGCUGCAAGAAGGCAGGAGUCUGGAUAGGCAAUGGGAACACAGAAAAGGCACAACUUUCAUUUGUUAACCUAAACACAGAUGGACAUACUUGUGAGGAUAUUGCAGACAGUAAAAUUAUAAGUUUGGCCUUAGUGACUCUUCCUACUGAGAAGGAAAACUGGAUUGUAGCAGGAACCCAGUCUGGUUCUCUGUGGGCAUUUAAUACAGAAGAUGAAACUAGAAGGCAUCGUCUGCAGAAAAUGUCAGAUUCUAUCACUUGUUUAUACUGUAAUUCUCUUUCAAAGCAAAGCAAACAGAAGAAUUUCUUCUUGGUAGGCACAGCUGAUGGCAGACUGGCAGUUUUUGAAGACAGAGCAGUAAAGUGUAAGGGUGCUACACCUUUGAAGAUACUGACUAUAGGAAAUGUUAGCACACCCCUGAUGUGCUUAAAUGAAUCCUCAUGCUUAUCUGAAAAAAAUGUAAUCUGGGGAGGCUGUGGAACAAAAAUCAUUGCCUUAACCAGUGACUUCUCUGUUCAAAAGCUCAUUGAAACAAAGACAAGUCAACUGUUCUGUCAUAAUGCUUACAGUGAUGCAAACAUUAUUUCAAUAGCAAUAGACAAAUCCAUCUACUUGGCAAAGAAAAACAGCCAUUUUGUGGAAAUCUGGGACAAGAAGACAGAAAAGCUUUCUGAAUUAAUUGACUGUGCACAUUUUCUUAAGAACAAAGUGGAAAAAUUAAAUAAGGAAUCAAAACACAAAUUGGCUUAUUCUGGAAGAGUGAAGACCAUUUGUCUGCAGAAAAAUACUGCACUGUGGAUAGGGACAGGAGGAGGACAUAUCUUGCUGCUUGAUUUGUCAACGCGUCGUCCUGUACGAGUUAUAGACAAGUUCUGUGAUUCUGUUCGAGUCAUGAUAACAGCUCAGCUGGGGAGUCUCAAGAAUGUGGUCCUUGUUUUGGGAUAUUGCUAUAAGAGUGACACUGAAGACAGCAAAUAUCACAAAGAGUUACAAUCCUGUGUGUCAGUGUGGGACAUUAACCUACCCCAUGAAGUGCAAAACCUGAAAAAACACAUAGAAAUGAGACAGGAAUUAGCAGAAAAAAUGAAGAGCGUUUCUUUGGACUGAAAAGUCACCCUGCAAGUGCCAUUUUUUUUCUAGUGCAACUAUAAAAAAAACCAUACUGUGCAAUAUUUACAGCUUCUUCUUCCUGUUGUUUUUAACCUAAAGCAGGAAGAAAAUUCCCAUUCUUAGGAUGUCAAGAAGAAAAAAGUUAUUUGCAAUAUUUGAAAGGACAGAAAACUGUUGGGAAUUUCUGAUUCUAAAAUGGUGUCGUGGAUCUGUUGUUUACCUGUGAAGUUCUGCUCUCUGCAGCUAUGGCUCAACUUCAGUACGACAUCGUUCAUCCAGUUUUUGAUCCCAGUUAAAUUGGGAAUAAGCCAGGAGACUAUAAAUGGCUCUAAUUUACUUCAUUAUCUCUAUGAGCUGACACUCUAAUAAGAAGCAAAAUAUAAGCCUCUGUGUGUUUACUGCAGUUUGUAUGUAUGAGUUCACUCCUAUGAUUCAUGGUUUAGUAAAGUCAGAGCUCGUGACCCUAUGAAAAAACAUCAUAUUUUAUCUAACAGCAGUGUUUAAAGGAAUAUGUAAUUAUUACAUUACUCCUUGAAAACAACAGGCAGAAUUGUCUGUGUUUCUUCCAUGAAUAAUUAACUUUCUUUUUUCAUUAUGACCAGAAAAAGCCCCAUUGUGCUGCUAUAAUAAAAUAGCUCCAAAUGAAACACACCGUGAGGCUGCUGCAUGUUGGUGUCCUCAUGCAGCGCUGCAGUCUGCCUGCUCCUAGGAGAUGCAGUCGCAGCAUGGGAACGCUGCCAGUCCCAGUCACGUAACUCUUGCGCAGCUCUCCUGGAAGAGAAGAGAAAGGACGGGGUGAAUGCUCUGAUGUAAAUGCUGCUAUGACUUGCUCUUAGUCUGACUUGCUUGUUUGCUUACCUCAAUCUAAAAAAGGGGAAGUUUUGCUUUGAUUUUUCUAGCAUGCAGGGUUUCCACUUACUCGUUCUUGUUUGAAUUUAUGUUGUUUUGAGGGAUAAUCAGGGGGACUUUGAGGAGCGUAAGAACUGGCUGCCUCUUCCAAAUUUGUUUCCACACAUCAUCAUUCAAGAGUCACUUUUUGCUGCUUUCUGGCUGUAAGUUCAAGCUGCUGUUUACAGCCCACACUAACCUGCUCGAAGGAAGUGCCUUAUUUCUGUCCACCUGAAGACAGACACCAUUUUCUUUUUUUGAUACCAGCAGAAUCCACAGGAUGCUCUCAAAAUCUCAGGGAGUGAGCAUCCAGAGCCAUUCCUGAGUCUAGAGAGCUGAACAUGGUUGAGCAACCAAAAAGUUCUCAGUUUUUUGUUUGGAUGUUGUUUUUUGGGUUUUUUUUUUUUAUUAUUUUUUUUUUUUAGAAAAUUACAUACAGGGACAACAGCAUUUCUUGUGUCCAACUCUAGCAUUGUUCUAUUUUUUGCCAGUUGUGGAAUGCAUACUCAGGAUGGUUUUCAGAUAUGCAUCCCAGUUUCUAUGAAUUCUUGUAAUCUGUGUACUGAGAAGAAUUUGCUAUUUAUAUGGGAUUUUAUAACUCAGAAAAUAUGUAUUAUGUUAGAAUGAAUAUUGUUGGUUUUUUUUAAAGAAAAGAAUAUAUGCAUUGUGAUUAAGUUUAUUUGUAAGUGCUUUUGAAAUGUAAGCCUAAACAUUUAUAUUAAAACUGUGCUUUGUUAAUAAUGUA